AUGUCUUCUACAGGUAAACAAUCAGGAGCAACCAAGGCACCAGCUGAGCCUAACAAAUGGCUUAUCGCUUAUAACUCGAUCUCUUCCUCAUUUUGGUCAAUUGUUCUCUUCAAUACGGUGUUUUUGGGCUCUCUUGAAGGUCAACCUAUUCUUUUCAAUAAAACAAACUUGAUCUUAACUGUUAUCCAAUGCUUUGCCGUAGUUGAAAUUUUCAAUUCUGCUCUUGGAAUCGUUAAGUCGCCUAUCGUCACUACCACUGCUCAAGUUUUUUCUCGUUUACUACUUGUUCUUGGGAUUAUGCAAUUAUUACCAAAUUCUCCUGCUAACUAUCAUUGGUGUUAUAUCACUCUUACCUUAUCUUGGUCGAUCACUGAGAUUAUAAGAUAUUCUUAUUAUGCUUCCAACUUGAGUAAUCCUAAUGGUGUUCCUUAUUUCUUAACCUGGUUACGUUACUCAACUUUCUGGGUGUUAUAUCCAACUGGGGUUUCAAGUGAAAUUGCCAUGAUUUAUUUAUCUUUGGAUGAAGCUAAAAACUCCAUUGGUUCUUGGUAUUACUACUUUUUGAUUGCCACCAUUGCAACAUACGCUCCAGGUUUCUAUACCUUGUAUACCUAUAUGAUUAAACAAAGAAAAAAGGUCUUAGGUAAAAUUUCUACUAAUUCUAACGAAAAGAAAUCCCAAUAA